CCUGGAGCCCCGCCCCUGGCCGGACUCGGGGUCCAAGAGGGACCCGCGAGGACCUGCGCUGCCUCCCCACCGCCGCUCCGCGCCAGGACCCGCCAUGCGCCCCCCACAGCCCGCGGCCCUGCGCCCCCUGCUGCUGCUGCUGCUGUUGCUGCUGCUGCUGCACACGCCCUCGCCGUCGGAUGCCGCCGAGGACCCCCGGCCGAAGGCGAAGGCGCAGAUCCGGCAGCGGGAGGUGGUGGACCUGUACAACGGGCUGGGCAACUGCCUGCAGGGUCCAGCCGGGGUGCCCGGUCGAGAUGGCAGCCCCGGGGCCAAUGGCAUCCCUGGCACCCCUGGGAUCCCCGGCCGGGACGGGUUCAAAGGAGAGAAGGGGGAGUGCCUGAGGGAGAGCCUGGAGGAGCCCUGGACCCCCAACUACAAGCAGUGCUCCUGGAGUUCGCUGAACUACGGCAUAGAUCUCGGAAAGAUUGCAGAGUGCACCUUCGCCAAGACGCGCGCCCGCAGCGCGCUGCGCGUCCUGUUCAGCGGCUCGCUGCGGCUCAAGUGCAGGGGCGCCUGCUGCCAGCGCUGGUAUUUCACCUUCAACGGGGCCGAGUGCGCGGGGCCGCUCCCCAUCGAAGCCAUCGUUUACCUGGAUCAGGGAAGCCCGGAGCUGAACUCGACAAUUAACAUCCACCGCACCUCCUCCGUGGAAGGACUCUGCGAAGGGAUCAGCGCUGGCCUCGUGGAUGUCGCCAUCUGGGUUGGGACCUGCUCCGAUUACCCCAAAGGAGAUGCUUCCACGGGGUGGAAUUCAGUGUCUCGCAUCAUUAUCGAAGAACUCCCCAAAUAAACCCUUUCAGUCUUCGUCAUUCUCUACCUCCUGCUUUAAUUAUACCUUCAAAUGGUUCCUCUAAAUGGUAUUUUAAAAAUUAUUUUACAUACGCAUCUAAAUGAAAAACAAAGCUAGCCAUGUUUACAGACCAAAGUGUGAUUGCACACUGCUUUUAAAUCUGGUGUUAUCCAUUUCACUUCAGCCAAAACUGGCUUCAGGAUUUUAGUCAACUAGCAGACCUUCUUCAUGUUCUUGUUCCCUGAACCUAGAGUUUGGAAUUCCAUGUGGUGCUUAGUUUUUCCUGUUCUCUUCGUGUAGCUGUUUUAAAAAUCUAAAAGUUACCAGUCUUUGUACAAGUUAUGUUUAGAAUUAUUUUGCAUCUGUUAAAUAAAACAUAUUUCAAACAAC